AUGACUUUAGGCUCGGUAUCAGAGGCACUGGCAGGCUGUACAUCAACUUCUGCUCAGCAUCAUCGAGAACCAGAAUCCAGGAGCGAUGCUAUUCGGCUCUGGGAUCAUGGAAGCAAGUGGCAGCAAAGAGCUCGUGGCUCGUCAAGACUAUUGAAUUCCAGCCGGAAUGGGGUUGCGCUAAAGACAAACAAGCUACCACCGUUUAGUCCUGUAGGCGGCAAGCAUAGAGGUUUACGUUUUGGUGCCUGCAAACGACAGGAUGCUAUAAAAGCUAUUGAAGAAGCAGCUGAUCUGGUCAGAUUUGACGACCAAGUCGCUCUGCUUAUCGGAUUCAAUGGAGACUAG